UGAGGCCGAGUGAUAUUCUUCACACAAACAAAAAAAACUUUUUAAGAAAAAGCAGCAGUGAAUCUCUGAUUGUUUUGUUCAUCUUCUUUGUUGAUCCCCUCCCCCUCUGUAACUCCCCGCUUCUCUGAAUCCCUUUCUGUUAAUCAUCUGUCUUUCAGGUUCUGAUUUUUGGGUUUGUUUUCAAAUGCUCCAAAAGCAAACUUAGAAGGAUUUCUCGAAAGCCAGGUGUUUUCAGAAUCGAGAUCCAGGUUUUUCUGGUUUUUUUUUAUUUUUUGGUUUGCUCUUCUUAAAUUUUCUAGUGAAAUUUUAGGUGGGUUUUCUCUUUUUAUUUUCGAUUUCGAUUAUUUUUUCUGUUUUCCUUUGAAUCAGCUUGGAGGGUUAUUUUUGGUCCCUCGAGGUUGUUUUUGGGGGCUCUUGGAGUAGAAGAGGUUGUGUAUUUAAAACCUCUUUGAUCCUUCUUUGUAGAGGAAAGAAAUUUCUAGUUUUUCUUGUUUGAUUGUGUUUUGCUUUCGAAAACCUGUUCUUUAAUUUUGGUAAGAUACAGGAUCUUUCUUCUCCUUUGGUCUUUUGAAGUUUUGUGAGUGUUGUUGAAGGCAUGGCAGCUACGAUGGAUUUGUACUGUAGCAGACCUGUUGAAUCAGCACCCUUUGGGGGUGAGCUAAUGGAAGCACUUGAACCUUUUAUGAAAAGUGCUUCCCCAACAUCCACCACCACAACCAGCUCUCCCUCAACAACCCCAUCUCCUCCCUCUUCCUCCUCUUCUCCCUACAACUACAACCUCUCCUUCUCUCCCUCAGUCCCGACCCAGCCCGCUUUCUAUCCAGAUGGUUGCUCCACCUCGAUGACCCAAAUGUUUUCAGACGGGUUCUCGACGGAAAACCUAAUCGGUUUUCAGCAACUGGGCUCAAUCGGGCUGAACCACCUAACCCCAUCUCAGAUCCACCAGAUCCAAGCCCAGAUCCAGCUCCAAAACCACCACCAACAUGGAAGUUUUUUGGGUCCAAAACCCAUCCCAAUGAAGCAAGCCGGGUCACCCCCGAAACCCACCAAGCUCUACAGAGGAGUGAGGCAGCGACAUUGGGGCAAAUGGGUGGCGGAGAUCCGUCUCCCCAAGAACCGUACCCGGCUCUGGCUCGGCACCUUCGACACGGCCGAAGAGGCCGCCUUGGCCUACGACAGGGCCGCCUACAAGCUCCGCGGUGACUUCGCCAGGCUCAACUUCCCCAACCUCCGCCACCACAGCGACUCCCAGUACCAGCCUCUCCACGCCUCCGUGGAUGCGAAGCUCCAAGCCAUUUGUGAAAGCUUGGCCAGCACGCAGAAACAAGGCAAGUCUGAGAAGCCGGUCCGUUCGACCAGGAAGUCGUCGAGGCAGGUUGGCGUUGUGGGGUCCAAGGAUUCGGAGAACUGCGUUAAGGUGGAGACAUCCUCGUCGCCGGUGAUGACCGAGAGCGACGGGUCGGCAGGGUCUUCGCCUUUGUCGGAUCUUACGUUCCCUGACUCCAACGAGCCACAGUGGGAUAUAGCUUCGGAGAAUUUCAUGUUGCAGAAGUACCCUUCGUACGAGAUUGACUGGGAUUCUAUUUUAUCUUAAUUUCCAUGUUUAUAUAGAUGUCCUCCUAAUUGUAAUUUUUUUCCCCCCUUUGGGCUACUCUCUUUUGUCUAUGGGUAGUGGGUAAUUAGAUAAUUGGUGUCUCCAGUGGCUGCUGCAAUGGAGUUUUAGGCAGUUGCAGGGCUACCUUAAUUAGGAUUUUGUUUAUGAUGUAGUGGGUUAAUUUGGGGUUUAUUGUAGGGUGGAUAAUUUAUUAUGUAACUCUCCCAACUUGGUCAGCUGGUUUUUUGUUCUUGCUAGACCAGGGGAGUGAGUACCUGAUUAUGUGUAUUGUUGCUGGUGUUAGUGAAAAUUUAGUUAUGUAAUUGAAUUUCAUUAUCAUUA